UUGACACAUGCCCAAGCACUGACACUUUUUAUAGUGGUGAUAUUUUUUUAUUUUUUGUUAUCAAUAAUAGAUGCUUAGUGUCGUAGGUCCUCUAUUUUUAUAUGCAAGCUUAUUCUCGCACGGAAAACGGAUCCGCAAAAUGUGAUAGGUCCUCCAGUGUAGAAGAGGAUACCGUUAACCAAAGAGAUGUCUGGACAACAUCAAUGACAAUGUAAAUAAUUAUAUUACACGGAGAGCAUGAAGAUACAACGGAAUUGUCAAUCCUAACGCGCAGCAUGCCGUUAUUUGUCCACAGCAAACCGGGAUAAAUAGUGUUGCAGGCUACGAAGGCAAGGCUGAAAAAGGGAAAAAGAUGAGGAUGCCAUCACCAAGCUCUGUGCGUGGACGUAUGCGUGUGGAAAAACGCAAGCAUGCUUUGCGUAAACCCAGAUGCCUCCACUCCCUCUUGACGAGCGCAUAGUGGUUAUUCAGCGCCCUAAAAACUUGGCCCUACCUGGGUCCUCCCCACAGCCCCACUCCCAUAUAACAGCCCAUAGCAACAAACUUCUCUCCCACCCUUCUCAUCCCCACCCUCCUCAGUCCUACCCCAAUCCUCCCUCCUCGAACUCACUGUCUUUGGAAUGCAAGCGCAGAUCAUCAUCCCAUCUGCAGAAAACCAAGGUCGACAAGGCCAUUGUCUCAGAGGGUACCAGACACACCCCUAGCCACUGUCACAGCAACGGGACAGUGACUCUUGGCCCUAGUCCACAUCAACACACACAUACGAUCGACAUCAAGUUAUCUGUGAACAAAGGAACAAAAGGAGGGGGGCACAGCAACUCUUUAGUUCGCAGUGGGAGUGUGAAGGGGGGCCAAAAAAGGGUUUCGUUGCGCUUGGAUCCAGGAUACGGGGAGAAAAACACUGGAGGAACAUCAGGGAAGCCUGGAGGAGCAGUGCAGCAACUCCAAAACCACCCACAGAACCAGAGACAAGCCUCACCAGGCAGUCACCAUCAGAAUAAUCUGUCUGUGUCCCCGGGAGGAGUCUUAGAGUUUGUCCCAUCUCAGAGACAGCAGUCCAAGUCCAGAAGAGAGAAGGUACAGAACGUGUCCUCCAAAGUCUGCUCUGCCAGCUUCCCCCCCAGAGGUGCCCGGGAAGUGCCCUACGUGGGUAACAAAGAGAAUUCCAAACUGGGACCUGUCCAUCAAAACCCCAACCCCCACAGCCUACCUGGCCACCACAACUCUGUCCCUGUGCCCCAUGCCGCUGUUCUAAACUCCCACUACCCUGCCCCCCCUCCCUCCCACCACCCCCGUGCUCCUACCUCGUUUCAGCAACCCCUCAACCAGUCUCGUCCAUCCCGCGGCAGGGACCAUCGUCCUCAGAUCCUCCACGGCCUACCCCUCUCCCCCUGUUCCUCCCGUGGAGGUUUCCCCAGCCCAGACCACACCUGUACCAUCGACUUCUCCCAUCCCUUCAGCUGUGGCUGCUGGAAGCUGGUCCGCUGCAGGGGGGCCAGGGGACGUUCUGCUGGCUGCCAGAGGGGUGGGGGGAGUCCGUCUUCCUCUUUCUCCUGUGGCCACAGCCACGGGGUUGUAGGUGUGAACCACAGAGGUGGCGCAGCAAUGGGAUUAAGAACUCUUGGGGGAUGUUUGUCCACAGCCUCCACCACCAACACCUCAUCCUCCAACAGCACUGUGUCGGACUGCCGCACGGGCUUGCUCAGACCCCUGCGAUGUGCCUCCUGCUCCGGGGAGGCUGGCGCCUUUGAGAGUCCUGCUGCAUUCCGCAAAAAACUGGUGGGGGGAUGCCUGCCCUGUACCCCACUAUCCUCCUCAGCCCCGCUGCGAGCCUUACAGAGUUGUGUGAGUGGCUGCAACCCCAAAGCCAGUCAGGCCGGCAGCUCUACCUGCAGCUAUUGUAGCAGCGACCCUAUAGUUGUCACCUUCAACCCCCGUCGGGGCGGCAAGCCCCCUGGUAUGGGCAGGGGUGUAGGGGCAGGGCCCCCCAUGGGAGUAUUCCCCGCUGAUGAUGAUGAUUACAGCGUGCGCACAAUCUGGCCUGAGGAGCUGGCGAAAAAGAUGACCGGGUCUAAAACCCAACAGAACCAGCAGAGCUGUGCAGGGAUGGGGAUGGGAGCGGGGAAGACAAGUGUGGGUCAGAACCAAAACAGCAGCAACGGAACCAGCCCUGUCACCCUGGACUGUAGGAACCUAUUGGAGUUCACCCGGAAUCAGAUAACAGACCACGCUGGCCGACGCCGGCUUCAGCAGGGCAAGAUGGCCGUCCUAGAUUUUAUUGGGUCUGGGCCUGGGCGAGAUCCAGACCAGGACUCCCUAAAGAGGCUCUGGAACAAAGGUGGGGAGUCAGGCAAGGUGGAUGGCAUGGGGCAGGAAGGCAAUAUUACAUACCCUCGCACCCCUUCCCCCUGCACCCCCUCUCCCCAAUCCCCUCCCUCCUUCUCACCCCCACCGUCAGCUCCCAGCACUCUCCUCAAACCCAAACCCAGACAGAGAGAUGCAGACGGACGCCAUUCCCUCCCCUCCGCCCAGUCCCUUCACCUGGUCCUCAACUCACUCAACAGAGAGCAGGAUGAAGAGAGCGGCAGAGUGCACCUCACUCUGCCGCUCUCCUCCUCGCUACCGGCUUCCCUGUCAGAUGAGAAUGGGAUGACCCCUGACGUGGAGAAUGCGGUGGUCAGCCCCAUCCUACCAUUCCUCUUCCUGGGCAACGAGAGGGAUGCCCAGGACCUGGACCUGCUGCUGCGACUCAACAUCGGCUACGUAGUCAACGUCACCACACACCUGCCCCUCUACCACCUCGGCUCCGGCCUGGUACGCUACAAACGACUACCGGCUACCGACAACAGCAAGCAGAACCUACGACAGUACUUUGAGGAGGUGUUUGAGUUCAUCGAGGAGGCUCACCAGAGUGGGCGAGGAGUGUUGAUUCACUGUCAAGCGGGCGUGUCCCGUUCGGCAACCAUCGUCAUCGCCUACCUGAUGAAGCACACCCUUAUGACCAUGACUGAUGCCUACAAGUAUGUGCGUGGCCGUCGUCCUGUGGUGUCUCCCAACCUCAACUUCAUGGGUCAGCUACUGGAGUUUGAGAGGGACCUCAACUCCGGGGUCACUCCUCGCAUCCUGACCCCCAAACUCAGCGGCCUGGAGACCCAGGUCUGACAGCGGGAUACGAGGAAUGGAGGGGAGGAGGAAACCAGCAUUGGGCCAGCCAUAGUUUUGUGAAGGAGAAACUAAAGGUAGAGCAACAAAGAGGAGAAUGCUGAUUGACAGAAUGUCCCUAUUGGCAUAGAUUAAGAAUAAAAUAUUGAAAUUGUGCACUUUCUAGAUAUUAUAGAAUAAAUCAUUUGAUUGGUUAACUCAUAAAUAGUCCCAUUUUUGGUCAACCUAAUCCUCAUCCAAUACCAUUUGUAAUUAUGUGGCAAGUUUUUAUAUAAUGCUUAGAUAUCAUUAUUUACCAUGAUCCACUGUAAUCAGAUGGCUCAUGUGAUGCUUGUGGUAUAGAGCAUUAGAGCAUUACAGAAGUUAAGGAAGUGCAAUGAGUCCUGGUCUGACUCAAGGCUGUCAUUUACAAAAUCCAUAAUGCAUGCAGAACCAGAAUAGAAACAACUACAGUGACACCCCACCAUUCAGCUAUGACAGCAAACACUAUCCAUAGCCCCAGAGAGGGCAUUCCAAUGCACUUUAUCAAUUUAUCAAUAUGUUUGGUUGUUUCAAUUGAAGUGGCCCAGAGGAUAGCUGAUCUUACCAUAUUGUUGGUUUAUUUAUAUUCUUCCCCACUGGGUCGGAAAUGUCUAAAUAACAUUUAAAAAUUAAAUAUAUAAAUAUAUAUACAUA